CAGCGUAGCAUUCAGUAAAGCACAUGGAACAGGAUCGUUUUGAGUCACAUUAGAGGAUGAGCCGAUAACAAAAAAUGGAUAACGACAGACUUGCAAGGAAUGUUCAACUGUUGAGUGCAAUCGAAAAGGGCGAACUUGCCAAGGUGAUAAAGCAUCUAAAUGCCGGUGCAGAAGUGGAUUUUAUCAAUUUCCAUCGCAGCAAAAAUACUCCUCUGCACGAUGCAGUGGCCUUCGGUCAUGAAAAGAUUGUGGAGAUCUUACUCGAAAAGGGAGCGUCCCCAGACUCAUUGAAUGAGGACAAAAAGACACCGGCUCAGUUACUUGGUUCUUUGGGUGAAAAGAAGCGAAAAGCAAUUGGACCACUUCUCGGGAAGUUUUCAAAGAAAAAAAAAACAAAAGCUGAAAACACGAAGAAGCAACCUGUCUGUGAAUCACCAGUUAAACCAAGUGGAACCUUCGCCAAACGACAAGGGACAGCUGCCGCCGGACAACAAUAUGAGUCCAAACUCUUGACCAUGGUUCUGUUCCAGUUGCUUCACAAUGACCAAGUUGAGAGCUUUUAUCUGGGAUCUAAUUUGGAUGGAAUCGGCGCAUUAGACGAUAUCGUGCUCAAAACUCACGUUAGAGGAAAAUCUCGUUUGCAGUUUGUUCAAUGCAAACAUCGAAAAGAAGAAGACACCAUCAAUUUUACCGAUAUGAUCGACAUAAAAAAUACAACAGGAGAUUUUCAUCUUUACAAAUAUUUUGAGAGUUACAGAAAAAUUUGCUCGUUAUUUGAUCCAGAUAAUAGUAGUGUUAUUUUUCAAGAGAAAAUUAAAGACAUUGAUAUAGAGCUUAUUAUCAUAACUCCAGCUACGAUUACUUUUCCAAAGUAUAUAGUAUAUAUUGAAACGAAUGGCUUGAGCGAAAACAUUAAUACAGUGGAAACAGGUAAAAUCUGGCAAGUAAAGUAUUCGGAAAAGAUAAGAGAAAUAUUUGAAACAAUACAUAGGAAGAAAUUGAUAGAGUUUUUAGCACAGCUUUUAUUUUUACCAGAAUUUCAAAUUGAUCUAGAAGAGGCGAUUGAAAAACUUAAAUCAGCAAAAUGUGUUGAAAUUUUUAACGAUCUGGAACAUUCAGACCGAAAGAAAUACUUUAAAAAUAUACAGGUAGUUAAGAACACGAUAAAAGAUGCUGAUCUGAAAACUAAGAUUGAUAUGAUUGACGAAAGAUUUACUACAGAGUCACUGCUUCCAUCAGGGUACUCCAUAAUAUUAGAAGAUUUUUUCAACAAACUUAGAUUGUAUACGAAACAAGCCACGGAAGAUGAACUUAAAGACGUUGUUGUAAGCAUGAUCAAAUUAAAGGAUUACGAAUAUGAGGACGCUCUGUUCUUUAAAACACACGAGGCCGUUCAAAAGUGGUGGGCAAGUUCGGGACAGGUUGAAUAUUUAACGGAAAGUUGUGACUUUUUUGAAGUUGCUGAUAAUGAAUGUAAGCUUGAUAAAAUUCAUUCUAUAAGCACGGAUUGGCUCCAAAAAUACUAUGUCGAAUUCCGCUUAAAUAUGUUGAUCAAAAACCCAAAAUGGAUUAAUCUUCAUGAAAAAGUUAAGGAAGAAAAGUUUUACGUUAAUAUUUAUAGUAGCACAUCAGAACUUUGCUGCACAAAGGUUAUUCAACUCUUGAAAUGGCAUAAGAAUGAGUUUAAAUUUAUAAAACUAAAUAAUACAGAAAUUGAUUUCUUGAUUGAAGUUCUCUCGAAAGGCAAUAAGGAACAUAAUUUAAUCCUUGUCUAUCUGCCUGAAUUGAAUUGUGAACUCGUUGAAAAAAUUCGCCAAAAAGUUAAUAAACUUAUUGUUAUCUCUACAAACGGGCAUCACGGUGAUUGGCUAUCCUUGUCAGACACAACCAAAAAUAUAUUGGAACUUAAAACUGAAUUUCAAGAAAAAUUGCUCGAAACCAAGGUGACUUUCCAAGGUAAUUCUAUACCCCUGGAGAGGUUAAUGGAAAGAGCUCCCAAACAGUUGAUCGAUGCAGAAACGAUUAAAAAACUUGUGACCAAUGAAAAGAUUACGAUUUCUUUAGAUUUCACAAACUCUGGCCAAUUUUACAUACAGAGGGAUUUGCUGGAGUAUCGUCAAAACCAACUCGUUCCAAGGAAAAUUGAUACAGUUGAUGAUAAAGUGGUUAUUGUUACCGCAGGUCCCGGAAUCGGGAAAUCUAUGAUGUUGACAGGACGUGCAGCAGCAAUCAAAAGUGAGUACCCUUCUAGUUGGAUUGUAAGAAUUAAUUUACUACAACAUUCAACAUUGUUCGAUAAAUGGACAAAUCAAUACAAAAUUGCAAAACUGCCCAAAUCUGAAGUGUUCAAUUUUCUAUUAAAAACGAAUAAUUGUGAAACAAGCAAAGGAACAAUUUUCGAAGAAAACAUAUUUAAGUGGUAUUGCGAGCAGUAUAAAUUAGUCUUGCUGGUAGAUGGAUUUGACGAAGUUAGUCCCGAUUAUACGACGAUUGUUUUGCAACUUCUGCAAUCACUCAAAGAUAACUUUGCUGAUACACUUUGGGUGACCACACGAACCGGUACAGCACAAACAGUAUUAGAAGAAAACCUUGAGGUUUGUGCCCACCUGCUUAAACCAUUCAGCCUGGAAGAGUCGAAGAUAUUUUUGAGGCAUUUUUGGAUUGAAAUCGAUCCCCACCAUAAAUAUGUUCGAGAUUACGUAGAUAAACUGGAUUCACAUUUCUCUCAACCAACUAAUCAAGGUGAACACAAACUGAUCACAAUUCCAUUGCACACAAGUAUGAUUGGGACAAAAUUCAAAAGUGAUUUUAAAGAAUAUUGUAAAUCUAACGGUACUCAGACAAAUUUUGAAAAAUAUGACUUGUUAACAAUUUAUGAAAGCUUUAUUAAUUUUAAAUUUAAUGAUAUUUUUAUGGAACAGAAAAAUAAAUUUAAAUGUUCCCAACCUCAAACCAAGAUACUGGUAGGACAGAUCUAUCAUGAACAUAAAUUAGCUUCAAUCUAUGCAUUAUUCAAUAUUGCGUACGCAACAAAACUGCUGAGUAAAGACGAAAUAAGAAUUGUUGAGUGUUUGCUACAUUCUGAAAAUGUGCUCAAAGCUGGUAUUAUUUCACAUAUUAAGGAUGAAAAGCCAACAUUUGUGCAUCAAACUUACGCCGAGUUUUUUGUGGCAAAGUUCAUUUGGGAAAAAUAUUCUGCCUUUGAAAUUGAUAAAUUUGAAUCAUUCGUUGAUUUGAUUUUCAUUAAAAACUUUGUAGAAGGCGAUCGAUCCCAAAUCACACACUUUUUGCUGAAAAUUGCCCAAUCUGAGGAGCAAAACGAUGUGGUUAAAGUCAGCAAGGCUUGUGUCUUGUUAGAUCAACUUUUGAGUUUGAAACUGUGUUCACAAGCAGAAUUCAGCAAAAGAUCAAUUUCAUUCUUGCUGGGAAUAGUUGAAUGCUCAAUACCAGAAAAAGGAACUGAGGGCUUUGCAAAAUUUAAAUCUAUCGUGAAUAAAAAACCUAAAUCCAGAAAUAUUUUACUUCUUAAAGCAGCAGAAAAUGGUUACUUAAAACUUGUACGCUUGACAAUGGACGAUUCC